AACUCAUAAAUAGAAAAAAAAAGUGAUGGGAGCAUCGCGCUCCGCGCAAGGCAAGCCUUUCCUGCGUGAAUCUAAUCGGCAGAUGGAGAAAAGGUCGCCCCUAAAAAGGAAAAAAAAAAUUUCAGACUCCGAAAUCAGCGAUUAUCCCUCCCAACCAACCCAAGUCUAUCUUUUUAUUCCAUUCAAUUUUUCUGUUACAUUCCGUCAAUCCCAACUGUCUGCAAAAUCGAUGCUUCGGUUUUUCGAUAAUUGAAUUUUUCUCGUGUGAUAAUCGUAGUUCUUUUUUUUUAGGUCUUGAUUAACAUGUCCAUGCUAAUUACAGCUCUUCGAAUCUUCUCGCGUCUCUCAUUCCCAUCAUUUUCCCUUAUUGUGCCGCCAUUUGGUCUCUGUAAUGCGCCUCACUGUUCUCGAUUCUUUUAUUAUGGUUUUCCUUUUGUUUUGUUUGAGGUCGAUUUCUAUUUCCGCUUUUGUAAAUCGAUAGAUUUUUUUUGGUUGGGUUUUAUUAUUUCAAAUUCCAAUCCCUUUUCCCUUUCUUUACUUUUGUUUUUACUUGCGCGUGAGCGGAGAAAAAAGCUUACGGCCUCGUUUGUUGAUCUUGUCUGCCCUAGUUUUUACCUUUCUAGUCCAAAUUUUCUUGAUUCUUCUUAAGCAGAGACUGUGUGCGUUCGGAGUUGUUUCUCUUAUUUCUUAUUUUUACUCUUCUCCUUCUUCCCCCUCUCCAUAUUUGCUCUGAGCGCAUCGGUUGCGGGGAGAUUCUGAUUUCCGCUGCCUCGCUCAAUGCUUUUCAAUAUUCGUCGUUUUGCUGGUGGUGAUUGUUCUUAAAAUAUUUAUUGCUUUGUUCAUUUAAUUACUGCGAAUUCUUGGUGGCUGUCCUUAUUCAUCAGCGGCGUGUUCAUAAUAUGUCUCAUUUGCAAAGUCUCCCGAAGCAGCAAUGUACUCUCCUCGCAGUUUUGUGCGGCAAAUUUGUAGAUGGACGGAAGGAGGAGGUGAGGAGCGGGGCUUCUUAUCCAUUUCCAGAGCUUGUUUCAGCUGCCCGGUUGGAGGUCCAUACUCUAACUAACCCUACAUUUGAUAGAUUUCUGGGGACGCAGAGAGCUUUGCAAGCCAAUAUAUUAUAUUUUCAAGGGGAACAUUGUGUUGAUGAGGAAAAAAUUGGCUCGAUCGUGUGGGGCAAUGUUGACUUAUCAGAACCCCAAAUUCUUAGCUCUCUUAUUUCUCCUCCUUUUCCUACAAUUGUUUAUUUGGAGGCUCCAGAAACAGAAAAAAUUGCACAGGCACUUUAUGCGAAGGGAGUUCCAUACGUAAUAUAUUGGAAGAAUGCUUUUUCAUCUUAUGCAGCCUCCAUUUUCCGCCAAGCAUUGUUUUCAGUUGUACAAAGUUCAUGUAGCCACACUUGGGAUGCGUUCCAAGUUGCAAAUGCUUCAUUUCAACUUUAUUGUGUGAGAAACAACCAUGUGUUGCCUGAUAAUAGCCAAACAAUUAUUAGCAAGCUUGGGCCUCAUCUUCUAGGGGAUGCUCCCAAGAUUGCUAUACCUCCUUCUGAAAGAGAAGCAGUUGAAGAAGAAGACAUAUCCGGUACAUUUUCUGCUAUUAAAAUAUAUGAUGAAGAUGUGGACAUGAGGUUUCUCAUUUGUGGGGUCCCCUGUACUUUGGAUGCUUGUUUUUUGGGUUCACUGGAGGAUGGCCUCAAUGCACUCCUAAAUAUUGAAAUUCGUGGGAGUAAGCUUCAAAACCGAGUCAGUGCUACACCACCACCUUUCCAAGCUGGAGCAUUUGAACCUGGAGUUGUGACGAUGCGUUGUGAUCUUACUACUUACAGUUCUGCUCAUAUAUCUUUUUUGGUGUCUGGUAGCCCACAGACAUGUUUUAACGAUCAGGUUCUUGAAAGCCACAUUAAGAAUGAUCUUAUUGAAAAGUCUCGGUUAGUUCAUGCUUCAUCAACUUGUGAUGAAAGCAAAUCAUCAUUACCCGACUCAUUGAGUUUUGGUUCCAUUGCUUGUGGGGCAUCUGUAUUUGAAGUACGCAUGAAAGCCCCAGCUUGGGCUGCCCAGGUUCUUAGGCAUCUCGCACCUGAAAUUUCCCACCGCAGCCUUGUUGCUCUUGGAAUUGCUAGCGUUCAGGGCACUCCAGUGGCUUCCUUUGAGAAAGAAGAUGCGGAUCGUCUCCUUUUCUUCUGCACAAGACAAGGCAUGGAGUUCUCUAGCGAAGAUGUUCUCAUUAAUCAUAUGCCAAGGUGGUGUUCCUCUCUUGUCUGUGACAGGUCUAUGCCUAAUCCAGAAUUAAAACCAAUCCUUCAUUUCAACCUAGCCGUGGGAAAUGGAACCAUAAAGACAAAAACUGAUAGGAAUCAUAACAAUAAAAGAUUAAUGGAGUGGAACCACAUUUCAGUCUUGCAUUCCAGAAAGAAAUUGAAGGUUGCUGCAAUGAGGCCUAUUCCUCACUUGAGACGGCAUAAGAUGCUUCCAUUCUCUGAAAUGCCUGUAUCUGCUGCCUGUAAAGGAUGUAGGGCAAAGCCAGGUCCGGCCACAAAAUGUAACUCCGUCCCUGUAGCUCCUAUGAGUCACAGGAAAUCAAUACGAAGCUCUUUCCAAACUCAGCAAAUACUUCCUCUAAAUCCUCUCCCUAUGAAGAAGCAUGGAUGUGAUAGGGCUACUAUCCAAGUUUGCACUGAAGAAGAGUUCUUGGAAGAUGUGAUGCAGUUCUUAGUUCUUCGGGGACACAAUAGACUUGUUCCUGGGAGUUUAUCAGAGUUUCCUGAGGCCGUUCUUAAUGCUAAGCGGCUUGAUUUGUACAAUUUGUAUAAAGAGGUUGUGUCAAGAGGAGGGUUUUAUGUUGGUAAUGGCAUAAAUUGGAAGGGUCAGGUCUUCCCUAAGAUGCGAAACCAUACACUAACCAAUAGAAUGACGGGCGUUGGAAAUACACUUAAAAGACACUACGAGACAUACUUGCUAGAGUACGAGUUAGCACAUGAUGAUGUUGAUGGAGAAUGUUGCUUGUUAUGCCAUAGUAGUGCUCCUGGGGACUGGGUUAAUUGUGAAUUAUGUGGUGAGUGGGCUCACUUUGGUUGUGACAGACGACUAGGCCUCGGUACUUUUAAGGACUAUUCAAAAACGGAUGGAUUGGAAUACAUGUGCCCACAAUGUAGUCUAACAAAUUACAGCGGCAAGAGGAAGCCUCUAAAGAAGGCUAAUGGAUAUUCUAGCACAACUGUGCCCUGACAACUGUAAUAUUUAUUUUUUUCUUUUGGUCCUUUAUUUAUUUAUUUAUUUAUUUUAUGAGAGCCCCAAUUUCGGGAGGGCUGAUUUUAUAAGUUGCUUUUGAUGUCUAAUUAGGCCAGAUUUUUAGCCAAAUUCUUAUAUUUGUUUGCUAGCAUUAGUAAAAGAUGGAAAUGAGUUGUGUUUUUUAGGCCGCUCUUGAUUUCAGAUCGCUACCAAAGUCUUGGGCUUUUGCUUGUAGUUUUUCCUCCUGAGAAUUAAUAGCAAAGAUUGCUGGGCUGGCCUAGAUUGAUAAACAAAAUGUGGAGAAUAAAUUGUACUCUAUAAUGAGACACUCUAAUUAAGUUCUCAUUUAUAUGAAAUGUAAAUGAUACUGGAGAGAUAUAUGCUGAUAAUAAAACAAGCAUAUACAU